CGAUAGGCACAACUGUAAACUACUAGAAGCCGCGCUUAAACGCACGCAACAAGUAGCUUGGAUUUGAAUACUGUCAGGCGGUGCAUUUGAAAACAAUGGUAAGGUGUGUCCGAAUCCCGUUGCGAGGAUGCAGGUCAACGCUUGCACAGGCUGUCGGCACUUGGCACCAGUAAUAUAUGGUUCUCUACAAAUAUGGGCUUGCUGCCUCUUGGUUCUUCUCCCAUGUCCAUGUCCUCUUGGUUCUUCUGCCACAAAAGUUGGAGAUUGGAGGAUACCACACUUCAUACUCUCUGUUUCAUUUCUAUCCCUCUCGAUCCUUCUCGCAGAUCGACCGACCCAACUGCUUCCUGUGUUUGUUGCAGAGUGCUUUCAGGGUACUUCUUCCUGCGAUACGCCCGGUUGUUAUUACCUUCAUUGAAGAAAACCAGAGUUGUGGUUGGUGAUCUUGAGAAAGCUCCUUUGCAUGGGUUGUGUGUCCUCGAAGCAGUUCAAACGAGCUGCAGCAUAUGAGGAUUCCAGUAUCUUGGCUAAGGAGACUACCUUCUCUGUGAAUGAAGUGGAGGCCCUCCGUGAGUUGUACAAGAAGAUAAGCCAUUCCAUAUUCAAAGAUGGCCUAAUUCACAAGGAGGAGUUCCAGCUUGCUCUCUUCAGGAACAGUAACAAGAAGAACCUUUUCGCCGAUCGGAUAUUUGAUCUGUUUGAUCUCAAGCGCAAUGGGGUGAUUGAAUUUGGGGAAUUUGUUCGGUCCCUCAACAUUUUCCACCCAGAUACUCCGAUGGCAGAAAAGAUUGCUUUUGCAUUUCGGCUAUAUGAUCUGAGAGGUACUGGAUUUAUUGAACACGAAGAGUUGAAGGAAAUGGUGCUUGCAAUUCUGAAUGAAUCAGAUCUAAUUCUUUCUGAUGACGCUGUCGAACAAAUUGUGGAUCAGACUUUCAAGCAAGCAGACCUGAACGACGACGGGAAGAUAGAUCCUGAAGAGUGGAAGGCUUUCGCGAGUAAAAACCCGGGUUUGCUGAAGAACAUGACGCUUCCAUACCUAAAGGACAUAACCAUGGCGUUUCCCAGCUUCGUUCUGAACUCUGGAGCUACUGAUGAAGAGUUGUAGCACCCUGGCAAGCGCCCCCAUGCUCUUCCGUAUAUUCCUCAGAGUGCGCAUGGCCAAGCUACGAGGAAGGACACUGCUGGUUCAGGUGGCUUAAGUUUCAGACAUACAGCUGCAGCAACCUCCUGAUGAACUGAUGAACGUGCAGGCACAGGUCUGUGAUCUGAAGGGUGAGAUUAGGAGUAUAAUGGCAACAGAGCGCCCUGCAUCAAAGGGACAGAAUGAUGUCAGGCCUUCCUCUUUUUGCUUUUGCUUUGGUCCGUGAGGCUGUAAAUUGGUAGGUGAAGUGGCUGAUUGUUAACUGAUGAUGUUGUAGCACCAGAUUGUAACCAUCGAACAUGGCCUCAUUAAGUUAUAGUUUGUGAUUUUGGUAAUUGAGUGAUAAUAUAAUGUUGACGUCAGAUUUUGACACGUA